AUGAAUUCAACUUGGAACAAUUCCUCUCUGGAAGCAACGUCUGAAGCCUCUUCCUUGAGCAGUAGUGUUGGAAACAUAAGCCCCAUUCAGCAAGCUGUUUACUCUGUUGUUUCCACGUUUGCAUUUUUUGGAAACACACUUGUUAUUCUAGUCUUCGUUUGGGAAAAGAAGCUGUUAAAGAAAUCUUACAACAUUUUGAUUCUCUCGCUGGCCAUCGUUGAUGCGUCGAUCGGUAUUUGCUUGGUUACUAACCCUGCUUAUAUCUAUGGUAAUUUGUUUCCCUACCCGGAAAGCCCUGUUCUGGGAGAGAUAUUCUGCCGGUUUAUAUGGAGCCGUUUUCUUCUUUUCCACUUGGUGAUGUUCUCAACAUACAUUUGUCUGGGUUUGUCCGCUGACCGUUGGUUUGCUGUCGUAAAACCUUUCAGUUACUGCAUGACUAUGACCAAGAGAACGGUUCUUAGCUACAUCCUUGUAUCUUGGGUGUGUUCUCUCGCUACUGUGAGUACGGCCGUUAUUGAAACAGUGUACCUCCCAUCUUCCAGGAGAAUGUGUGAGUAUCGAAUCUUGGCGCCAGGCUCCACCUUUCGUGUCCUACUGGCUGUCUUUCAAAUUACCAUGAUGACCUUCUUCCCUUGCCUCGCCAUGAUUGCGCUCUAUAUCCACAUGGUGGGAAUGGUUAUGACAUCAGCAGUGACGUCACAGGCGAGUAAGGCUAAACUUCGCGGGAAAAUGACACGGAUGAUUGGUUUUGUUUGUUUUGUUUCCACGAUCUGCCUCACACCGAAUCAGAUAACUGCCCUUUUGGUGUUUGCAGGAAAAAUGAGGCCGGACUCUGAAGAACACCACGCUGUGGCAUUUCUUACUUUUGCCACUAGCUGUGUGAAUCCUGUUAUCUACGGACUGAGCAACAAAAACUACCGCCGGAGCUACAAGAAGAUUCUGUUCCUCAUGUGCCCCAGAAUUCUCACCCAGAGGGCAGAGCAAGAAAACGUGAUUGAUAUGGUCAACAGACGGCACAAGGUAGAGCCCACUCCUAACUCUGUAGAUGAAAAUCAGAACACUACGAAACAAGCAAAGAUAAUGAUUUCAAAUGAACAUUAA